CUACGUAGCCCUGCAUCUUCCUGUCUGCCUGAACAUCUCCUGAUCUGUCUCUCCAUCUCUCCCUCUUCUGUCCCAUCAGUUUGCCUCUUGUUUUCCUCUUACUGUCUCUUCCCCUUCCUCUUCUAUCUCUUCAGUGCAUCUGAUUGUCUGUCUGUCCCAGCUGACGACCCCCGCUGUUAUUCUGGUCUCCAGAGAUGUGGCGUCAGAGCUUUGGACUUCUAGAAAAAUCCUACAUCAGUGGCGUACCAGGAUCCUUUUUGCUGGGGAAGGAUCUCCGUAUACCCCUGUACCCAGUACCCCUGUGUAGUGCAGUGGUGGAUGUUGCUAUCCAGGACUAUGUGGCUGAUGUGGCCUCUGAACUGAUCUACCAGAACAAGAGUCAUACCUCCUCAGAAGUCAUCUUUGUCUUCCCCCUCACGCCCCACAUGACCAUCUACUCUUUCCAGGCCUUAAACGAGGAUGCCAAGGUCCAGGCCAUGCUGCAGGAUGAGAUGCAGCAGCUGCACAAGGCUACAAAGGGCCAGGAGAACUGGGAGUACCUUCAGCAUCAGUCUGAGCAUUCAAGCGAGGUGUUUGCCUGCUUCCUGGGUUCCUUGUCCCCUGGCAAGGAGAUGGUUGUGACCUUACGCUAUGUCCAAGAGCUGCCACGGAAGCCAGAUGGAGCAGCCCAGUUUUUGUUGCCAGCCACACUGCAUCCUCACUGGAACUACUACACCUGGAAUUGUCUCAAUAACAAGCCUCACUACAGCCUGCUGCUCACCGCCAGCUUGCAGUCACCCCGUGGUGUGGCCAAUGCUGAGGCCAACUGUGCUCUCACUCCUUUGAUCUACACUGCCCAGGACUGCAGCACUGCACAGGUCUCACUGGCUGAGACCCCUCCAAGGGAUGAUUUCGAGCUGCUCGUGUAUUAUGGAGACCCCACUGAAGUCAGUGCUGUGGUGGAGAAGGGAGACCCUGGGGCCCCCGUUGGCUCCCUGCUUGGUGACCCCCUCGUGUUGGUGACUCUGUCACCCAGCAUCCCUUAUGCAAUGCCUGGGCAGUGCCAGUCUGGGGAGUUCAUCUUCCUUCUGGACACCACUUUCCUUGAGCAUGCACAGGAAUCCUUGCUCUUCCUUCUCAAAAGCCUACCCCUGGGCUGCUACUUCAACAUCUACUGCUAUGGAGCAACUUCUGUGGGCAUCUAUCCGCAGAGUGUUGAAUAUACCCAAGACAACCUGAUCAAGGCAAUGCAACGCAUCCCAUCCACCAGCUCUCGUCUGGGUGACGCUGACCUGCUUGGAACUCUCCACACAAUCUACAAUACCCCCCAGCCCCAGGGACAUGCACGCCAGCUCUUCAUCUUCAUGACUGGGCUACCUCCUGACAAGGAAGACGUUGCUGCUGAGGUCCGCCGUCAUCGCAACAGCCACCGGUGUUUCUCCUUCUGCUUCUCUGAGGACAGUGUUGCCCUGGCCAUGGCUCUGGCCAGGGAUACAAGGGGUGAAGCUACCUACGUCGACUCUGACAAAAAACUGGCACUUGUGGUUCUGAACUGCUUGAAGCGAGCCCUUAAGCCAGCAGCUGAGGGAGUUUCUCUGAGCUGGACCCUGCCCCUUGGCCUGGAGGCUGAGGUGCUGGGAGGCACCCCUCGGUCCAUCUUUCAGGGUGAACACAUCCAUCUCUAUGCAAAGAUCCGUGGAGAAGCACAGGAUAUGAAAGUGGCCACCGGUGUCUUGACCUUGCAGUUCAGCCUGAAUGGCCAGAAUGUCACUCACACGAUCCAGUUCCCACUAUGCCCACGUGGAGAUGGCCGGCUGGCUGGUCAUCGUCUGGCUGCAAGAUGCUUGCUCAGGAUGUUGUUGGCAGAGGCUGUGAGUGGGUCAGGGGAUGAACCAAGGCAACGUGCAGUUGAGAUCAGCCUGACUUCAGGGAUCAUCUGCCCCUUCACCAGCUAUGUUGGGGUUCGCACAUCUCAGCGGGUUACCUGGUACCAAGGGCCCCUGACACUGCUGCCACCCCACCAGUCACUGGUCGCCUGCCAGAUCCUUCAGCUACGUGGCUCCAUUCGCGGCUCUUCUUGCUUUCCUAAGAGCAUCUCGAUCCCACCUGGCUGGCUGACUGCAGUACAGGAGUCAUGGCUUGCCAUCCAGCGUCUAACCCAUGACAUUGCUGCCUUGGCUCAGAAUGGGGCUCACUCAAAAGCACCUAAACCACCGCCACCAUCUAUUUCUUCUCUCGAGUAUGUGGAUCCCAAAUUUGUUUUCUCCUCUCAAAUUUUUGGGCCAUGGGUCAGCAAUGCCAUUGAUGUGUGUCAGGAGCUGGUCGCACUGCAGAAUGUAGAUGGCUCUUGGACCCUCAGCUCAAGCUUAGCUUCUGCGCUGCAAGUCAAUGAGGCUGAAAUCAAGGGAAAGAUGCCUGGUGAGGUCACAGAGCCAAGCAUCUGGGCCACAGUGCUGGCUGUGACCUGGCUGCAGAAGCAAAGCAGGUAUUAUCAAGACCCAUGUGAGUUGCUGGAGGCCAAGGCUGUGACCUGGCUGUGCAGCCGAGCUGGUGAGUCUUGUUUUCCAGAUCUCCACAGAAUGGCUUCCUCCCUGCUCUCUCCAGUGAGGCCUACCUUAACCUCUUCAGGACCACUAUUUCCUGGGAGUCCUGUGUCCCCUUUCUUCUUUCUGUCUGUGGACCUUUCUUCCUGCCUUACUCCCAUGGUGCCCCUAUCUCUCCCUCAUUGCAGCGUCCCAGCUAGACAAGUGUCUGGAGGCAGCCAACACCCUCCUUGAGAGCAGUGUGGAGCUGAGUGUUUUUAGGCUCUGAGCUCAACACAUGCCUUGUGCUGCAGACCAUCAGCAUCCGUGGAAUAAAACAGGGCCACAAAAUACAGCUUAAAUUUACCUGCCAUGCUGGGAUGCCACUGCUGCUGUCAAUUGGGGUUUUACAUAACAGAUGAACCCUCACUGCUUUUGAGAUAUCUUCUACUAGGUGAGCUGCAUUUGUACCAUGCUGAACUCCUGAACAGUUCACAGCCUCCGGCAUGUUUGGUUUGGGUGGGAGUGAAAGUGGGAAAUAGCCUCUCCUAAUUGUGCCUGUCAUCAGCAUCUCCAGACACGGUCCAUCGUAGCCUAACAGAAACAUGUUAGAGUGUGGGUGAAUCACCAUUUUGACUAGCCUAUCCAUCCCAGGAUUUCUGUGGACCACCUAGGUGUUUUCCUUCGUCUUAUUUCCCUCUAAAGUCUUUACAGUCUUGGGCAGGGAAUCAUCAGGGUUAUUAUUAUGCUCAUCUGCAAUGUUGGGAAAACCCUAGGAAGGGGCCCAAUCAGAGGCUUAUGUUUCUCAGUGUCCUUGUGUCGACUCGGACAGAGUAAAUUUUCUUCAUAGUAGCUGGUAUGGUGUUGUGUUUUGGAUUUAGGAUGAGGAUAAUGUUAAAACAACAAUGCUUUAGUUGUUGUGGAGCAGUGCUUAUAUUAAGUCAAGGACUUUUCAGCUUCUAACUCUAGCCUGCCAUUGAGGAGGCUAGGGGUGCACAAGAAACUGGGCUGGGAGUGGACAGAAUUAGGACAGCUGACCCAAACAGACAAAGGGAUAUUCCAUACCAUAUGAUGUCACGCUGAAUAAUAAAUAUGGGAUGGCUGGCCAGAGUGAGGGCUGGGGCCGCUGCUUGGGGAUGGGAUGGGAUGGGCAUCAGUCAGAAGUCAGCAGGUGGUGAGUGAUGCAUUGUGCAUCACUUGCUUUCCAUAUCCUCUUAUCAUUAUUAUUUAUAUUUGUUAUUAUCAUUUUUACUACUAUUACUAUUAUUAUUAUUUUUCCUUCAUUUUCUGUCCUAUUAAACUGUCUUUAUU